AUGUCGCUCGCGAUCGCGCGCGCGCGCGAGACGGCGCCCGCGUCGACGUCGCGCGCGGUCGAGCGCCAUUCGCGCGGUGGACCGCGGUUGGAGGAGGUGAUGUUCGCCACGGGGGCGUGCCAAUUCUUAGAACAGAGCAUGGUCGGUGCGGUCGGCGCGCACGGCUCGGUGGCGAUCGGGACCGCGCGUCGACGACGACGGGGGUCGGACGGGCGCGGGCGCGGGUUGGUGGGGCGGGGGGGGCGCGACGCGGUCAGGGUGACGUUCGAUCCGAGUAAUCCGCACGCGCCGACGUUCGAGGAACUGGUGCGCGUGUUUUUUGAUUGUCACGAUCCGACGCGCGCGCCGGUGGGUGAUGAUGGGAGCACUGUGGCGACGGUUUUCGUGACGAGGGAGUCGCAGAGGGAGAUGGCGAUGCGGAGCGUCGAGGAGCGCGCGAUGAAGGAGCGGAUGAAGGAGAUAUUCACGCGCGUGGAGUCGGCGGCGGAUUUCACCUUUACGCCCGCGCCGGAGCGGUUGCAGCGGCGGUUGGGGCGCGCGGGGGAUAAGGUGGUGUGCGAACCGCCUUCGUACGUGAUAUCAUCGCCGGUGCCGACUCUGGCGAAGAUUUCGCCCGUGGCGUCGGCACGCGAGGCGUGGUCGUGGGUGUUCGAUUGGGUGAAAGUCUUGCUAGUGCACGUCGCCACAGUUCUCGUGAUCCGUCGCACUGGAGAUUCCUAG